UUGUACUUUGAUAGGACUUUUUCGCACUAAAAAAGAAGCAAAGAAAACGAUCUUCAACUUUCUAUUUUAUGAGCUUUUUGAGCUAUCACAUCUUUUAUCGAACACCUUUCAGUAACAUGGCUCUUCUGGUUAUUGCUGUUGACUUUGGGACAGCAUACAGUGGAUACUGUUUCUCUGUAAAGGGAAAGCAAGAAAAUAUUAGAAGUGUGUUUUGGGGCAUGGAGUAUGGGUUCAGAUUACCUAAAACUCCAACCUGCAUUCUCUUUGAUGAAAAUAAAAAGUUUAUGAAAUUUGGUUUUGAUGCAGUAAUGACUUACACAAAAAUGAAUUCCAUUGAAGCCAAUAAGUUCUAUUUUAUUGAAAACUUCAAGAUGGAACUGUAUAACAAGAUGAUCAGCAAGAAUCUAAUGAUCUGUGCAAAGAAUAGUCAUCCACUUCCUGCCCUGAUGGUGUUCUCAGAAAGUCUGCAAUAUCUGAAAGAUCAUGCCCUGAAAACCAUUAAUGUUACAGAUGACACCAUUAGUUAUACUGCAGAGGAUGUCACAUGGGUUGUAACAGUGCCCGCAAUAUGGGGACCUGCUGCUAAACAGUUCAUGAGAUUGGCUGCACAAAAGGCUGGACUAAUUUGCAGUAUUGAUUCCAAAAAUCUGAUUAUUGCGUUGGAGCCAGAGGCAGCAUCUAUGUGGUGCAAGCAGCUGCCCAGUACUGGAUUUAUAUCAGAAGAUGGAGAUCAAGACAAAAUGGAGGAUCAGCCAGGACUGGAAUAUGUUGUUGUAGACUGUGGAGGAGGAACGAUUGAUAUUACUGUGCACAAGGUCAUUGAAGAUGGAUUUCUAAAGGAACUUCACAAAGCAUCAGGAGGUGAUUGGGGAGGAAAUCAUGUGGAUAACAACUUUAGAGGUUUCCUGAGGGACAUUUUUCACCCAGAUCUAUGGGAUACGUAUGAGAAGGAGCAUCCUUCAGAGGUUCAAAAGUUAAUGUAUGACUUUUCAGUUCAGAAAUGUAGUGAUCAAGAAGAAGAUAUACUGAUUCCAUGUUAUUAUAACUUUGUGCAGUCAGUACAACAGAAAAACAAGAAAAUUGAAGAUUUUUUUGAAAAUGUAAAAGGGGCUUCUUGGUCAAGUGGUAGCAUAAAGAUAAAAUAUGAGAAACUAAAAGGAUUUUAUGACUAUAGUGUUAAAAAAAUCAUAGCUGAGGUACAAGCCAUUCUUGAAACACCUGAGAUUAACAUUGACUAUAUCUUGCUUGUGGGAGGUUUUGCAGCAAGCAGGAUCCUAAGACAAGCAAUCCGGAAUGAAUUUAGCAGAAGGUGUAGAGUGCUGUGUCCUUGUGAUGCCCAGCUGGCAAUUGUAAAGGGGGCAGUUUUGUUUGGAAAUGACCCUAAAUUAAUCUCUUCCCGGAUCAGUGCCCUGACAUACGGUGUAGCCGAAUGCAACACGUUUGAUCCAGCCAUACAUGAUGAGAAACAGCGCAGAGUAAACAAGGCUGGAGAUUAUGUUUACUGUACAGACCUUUUUGCAAAGCUUGUAGAAAAAGGGAAGUCAGUAGGAUACAACCAAGUAACCAAUUACUAUUAUUAUCCAAUAAAUGAUGACCAGGUUGCAAUGUACUUUCAAUUUUUCUCUACAGAAAAACUGAAUGCAAAAUAUGUAGAUGAGCCAGGCAUUAAACAAAUUGGCCACUUUACUGUAAACAUGCCUGAUAUCACUAGUGGCAGGAAUAGAAGGGUCAGACUGGAUAUUAAAUUUGGUUUUACAGAACUGGAAGCAACAGCAACUGACUUGACCUCUAAUAAUACUCAGACACUGAUUCUUAACUUUUUAACAGAAUAAUAAUAAUUUAAAAUAAAAGUUUUAAAGGAUAGCAAAUAAACAAAGUCUGACUCAAUGGCUUCUGAAAAGUGUAGUAAUUUAGACCCAUUAGCAUUCUCGAGAAACAAAAAACACUGCUUAGAGAACAAAAUCCCAAUCUUAAUCCAUCCAUCCACCAUCCAACCUGGGGGUCUGCUGGAGCCAAUCCCAGCCAACACAGGGCGCAAGGCAGGAAACAAACCCCUGGUAGUGCGCCAGCCCACCACAGGGCGCGAACACAUACACAAUUACACCCACCAACCACACACUAGAGACAAUUUAGGAUCGCCAAUGCACCUAACCUGCAUGUCUUUGGACUGUGGGAGGAAACCCACGCAGACAUAGAGAGAACAUGCAAACUCCACACAGGGAGGACCCAGGAAGCGAACCCAGGUCUCCUAACUGCGAGGCAGCAGUGCUACCACUGAGCCACUGUGCUGCCCUCCCAAUCUUAAU